UACUCUGAAAUUGAAAUGGAGACUCCUUCUCUGCUUCUUCUCACCACCUUGUUGGCCUUUGCAUUCAAGACCUCCGUUGCUCAAUGGAUGCCUGCAUUUGCUACAUUCUACGGUGGCAGCGACGCUUCGGACACCAUGGGUGGUGCGUGCGGGUACGGGAACUUGUACAAUGCCGGGUACGGGGUUAAUUCCGCUGCCUUGAGCACAGCGCUCUUCAAUAACGGCGCGUCGUGCGGCAUGUGCUUCACCAUCACCUGCGACGCAAGCAAGACGCAGUCGUGCAAACAGGGCACGUCCAUCACCAUCACGGCCACCAACUUCUGCCCGCCGAACUAUGCCCUGGCCAGCGACAACGGCGGAUGGUGCAACCCGCCGCGGCACCACUUCGACAUGUCACAGCCCGCAUGGGAGACCAUCGCCGUCUACCAAGCCGGCAUUGUCCCCGUCAACUAUAGGAGGGUUCCAUGCCAGAGGAGUGGGGGCAUGAGGUUCACCAUCAAUGGGAACGACUACUUUGAGCUGGUGACGGUGGCAAAUGUCGGCGGCAGCGGCGUGGUGUCCCAAAUGUGGAUCAAGGGGUCCAAGACUGACUGGAUGAUAAUGAGCAGGAACUGGGGUGCCAGCUGGCAGAGCAAUGCUUACCUCAACGGCCAGAGCCUGUCCUUCAAGGUACAGACCGAUGACGGCCGGGUCGUCACGGCUAACAAUGUUGCGCCGUACAACUGGUGGUUCGGUGGCACCUACACUUCGUGGCAGCAGUUCUAAAAUCUUGCGAGGUUGAUGUAGGUACUCAUUUGUGGGUACGCAAAUAGUCAGGCCCGAUGAUUUCAUCCGAGGCUGUAUCUUCUCUUUUCUUUCUUUGUAUCUCUGUUUUGCUUAUCCAAGUUUGUGUACUUAGCUUCCAUUAGUUCUCUGGUGGCAUAAGAUCAUCAGAGUAUAUGUGUGUGUCCAACAUCUCAAGUAUCUUCAAUCAAAUCUCUAGUGUUUAAUACGGGGUCGCCUAUUUGUGCCGAAAUUUCAGUCGAUUUUCUUCGCUUUUGAGUUGA